AUGAAGUCCGCCGUUGCUCUCGGUCUCCUCGUCGGUGCUGCCGUCGCCAAGCCUCACGGCCACAACCACCUCCACAAGCGCCAGGUCACCGUCGUCGAGACCGAAGUCGUCGAGGUGACGGCCACCAUUCUGGUUGCUCAGGACGGAUCCCGCGAGACCGUUGCUCCCGCCGUCCAGCCCACCACCGACGCCAAGUUCUUCGAAGUCUCGACAACCUCGAGCCCCAGCUCCUCUGCUCCUCCUAGCACCACCUCUACUUCUACCUCUACCUCCACCUCUACUACCUCUACCACCUCGACAACCUCUUCAUCCAGCUCGAUUGUCAUCCCAUCGUCGACCUCCACCUACGUUGCCCCUAUCCCAACCACUACUAGCAGCAUUGUCAUCGAGGUCCCUACCACCACGAUCGCCCCCAUUGUUGUUCCUACCACUACUUCGCAGGCUCCUGUCCCCACCACCUCCGCAUCUUCCGGCGGUGGCAGCGGCCAGGUCCUGUCUGGUGACGGCACCUACUUCAAGAUCGGCCUCGGCUCCUGCGGUGGCACCAACUACGCCGGACAGGAUCUCAGCCAGCCAGUAGUCGCCCUCGCCGCUGCCUACUACAGCGACGCGGCCGCCAAGGGCAUCAACCCCUGCGGAAAGACCGUCCACAUCACCGCCAAGAACGGCAACACCGCCACCGGUAUCGUGAGCGACAAGUGUCCCGAGUGCACAAUCGGCAGCAUCGAUCUCUCAGAGAUGCUCUUCGUCCAGCUUUUCGGCGAUACCGGUGUCGGUCGCGGCGAGCUGAGCUGGACCAUCGACGCAUAA